AUGUCCUCAGCGGCGACCACGAACCGCGGUAGUGAUACGUGGAACAGUUCCCAACCUAACCAAAGUGAACAGCACACGGAGUACGGAUAUCAAUAUCCUAUGAAUCCUAACUUCUAUGGAUAUCAUAACCAUACAUAUCCCCAAGGAUAUGACUAUAAUAACGAACAAUACAGGUCCUAUGUGAAUACAGACAAGAUAGUCAAAACGGAACCGACGAAUUGGCCGAAUUACCAAACCUAUAAUGGACAUCAAGAUAAUAUAAACACUAUAAAUAGAUGGCGAGAGAUGAACAUGUACACACAGCAGCUUCCCGAUAAUUAUUACGACCAGGGCUUGCAUGGUGUUAAAAGCGCUUUAGACUUGAAAGGUGAAGAUUCGCGAUCAAUCCACUCUCCAAGUCAAUGCAGCAUUCCAGAAACAAGCUACGGAUCCCCAUUAAGCGCAUCCAGCGCUGUCAAAUCAAAUCAUUUAGACGAUGAGGACUCACCCAAUUUAAGAGGAAUUUUAAACAAAACAUCCGCAAAACGGCCACACGCCUACGUCGAUAAAUAUAGCGAAUCCUACACACAAGAUAUGUUACAGCAAAUGAUGUACCGAAACGAAACGCAAAGCUGGAAGAGAAAUGACGAAAAGGCUAUAGAAAAGGAAUCCAAUUUACAGAGAUUUCACGGUGAAUAUGAGAGUUUGGAUGACACUAAGAUUAAGAUCAAGCGGACAGUGGGCGGAGUGUCUGACACUCAGACAUCGGAUGAGCUCUCAGCUAAGUGUCAAGAAGUGACGAGGGUCGAGACAGGCGGUGACGAUUAUAACGACGACAAGAUGGCCACCGCGCCUGACGUACAAGGAUUUUAUCCCUGGAUGAAAAGCAUUGGAGAUCCCUUUGAAGAUAUGACUAGUAAAGCAGCCACCGUUAAUGACUUCACUGAUCCAAGGCAGCAAAUACCAAAAUUCAUGGAUUUCCCGAACCCCAACUAUCACUUGACAAGCAACCCCAUCACUAACAUGAGCCAUUUAACUGGAAACAUCAACCAAACUUGCAACAUACCUUAUGGUAUACCAAAAAUGUGA